GCCGCUGUCAUCAGCCGCCGACGUGAGGUGUGUGUGUGUGUAUGUUUGUUGGACGAAACCGUUGACACGCUUCUUUUAGCGAGGGCUUUGCAAUUCGCGUUGACUACUGCAUCUGACGAACCAUCGCUGAGGCUAACAAUGGGUUUCGUCCUGCUCUUAACCUCAAAUGCAUGCGUAGGUUUUGCAAAGUCAAACAAGUACCGAACUAGCAUACAAAAUGAAAUUAUGUCAUCAGCUCAUUCUACAUAUGCAUCAACAUGAGACCGCCUUCCCCGCCCUUGGUGCCCAGUCGCUUGCGUCCUGUGAGCAGCAAUUACACGUGUUGCAGAGGUGUGGUUCGGGGAGGUCCAGAUGGCAGGCAUGAGGGGCCCGGCCUGCACUGGAGUCUGGCUCUAGAGUCCACCGAGGGCUCCCACUUUAACUGGACACAUUCCACAGGACGUGUGCCCAUGAGGUCGUCACCACUGGUCCUGGUCCUCCUGAUCGGUGCCCAGGUUGUACUGAACAUGGGAGGUGGAUUGGCCCAGAGCGCUGGCUUAGCCAACCACAAAGCAGGACAACGGACAGUCGCCAAUCACCAAGUAGGACAGCAGCGUGAGACUGCGGCGGCAGCGGAGCAGCAUGCUGACCUCCACAGGACCGGCCACCACAGGACCAAGCGGCGUCAUCGGGCAGCCUCGUACUCGUCUGACCCCUCAGUCCCGGUGGUGGACCCCAGGCUCUUCUCCAAGAAACGGUACCGUUCCUCACCGCGGGUCAUCUUCAGCGAGGAGCCGCCUUCGCACGACGCCCUGGAGAGUGAGGGGUAUGACAUUGAAGGUGUGAGGGGUCUACGGGUGAGGCGUAGAGCGGGGGCGCACACCAUGCACAGAGGAGAGUACUCGGUGUGCGACAGCAUUAACACCUGGGUGGGCAACAUGACCCGAGCCACAGACAUCACCGGGAAUGAGGUGACCGUGCUGCCCAACGUCACAAUCAACAACGUGGUGAAGAAGCAGUUCUUCUACGAGACCACCUGCCGGACCCCGGCACGGAGGGGCUCGGGAACAGUCAACGGAGGAAGGAUGGGGGGACGAAAUGGCAAACAGGGCUCCAAACUGACGAGCCCAGGCUGUCUCGGCAUCGACAGUCGCCACUGGAACUCUUAUUGCACCAACACACACAUAUUCGUAAGCGCCCUCACCAUCUUUAAGGAACGGACAGCCUGGCGUUUCAUCCGUAUCAACGCCGCAUGCGUGUGCGUCCUCAGCAGGAAGUCUUGGGCCGGACGACUCGGACACUGACUGCGGAACACAAGCACGUGCAUUUCUCCCAAGUGACCACUACAGCUUUAUUGCCAAUACUGUACUGUAUUCCUUGACCCUGCCUACACACACACACACACACACACACACACACAUAUAGAUCGUCAUCGUUCCGCCCCCCAUGGCACCCCCACCCCUCACCCUACCUCAGCCCAAGAAGUCCUGGUCUGGACUAAAUAUUAUAUUUAUGGUUUAUACAGUAAAAUAUGAAAUUAUACAGUAUGUGUGCAUGUAUAUGUGCACACACCAAAGAAGCUUCUGUUGUUGUCGUUGUUGUGUUGUUGUUCUUAUUGUUAUUUAUUCAACACACUUGCCUGGUUUGUUUUGUCAGUUUUAAAUAUGCACAUUCAGAAUUUUUACAUGAAUUGUGGAUAAAAAGAAAUGACCAAAGCUGCAGUUUUAUUUUUUGACUUCCUGCCCCGCCUUUUUCACUUUGAUCAUCAGUUUGAUAAUGUUUGGAUGCUCCCCGUC